AGAGAGAGAGAGAGAGAGGGAGAAAGAGAGACAAGAUGCAGGCCAUUAAGGAGAAGCUUAGUGACAUGAGCCACACGCGCAAGGUCAAGGCCGAGGCCAGGGCCGAGGAGAAGGCCGAGAAGGAGUAUGUGAAAGCGAGAGCUGGGGUGGCACACGAGGUGAGACUGGCGAGAGAGGCCGAAGCCGAGAUGGACAAGCAUGUGACCAAGGCCGAACGGCUGGCCCGGAAAGAGCUGGAGAAGCACGAGGUUGCUGGUGGUCCUAGAAGCAACAGUGUGCACGAGAGCUCCAUGAACAGUGAUCCGGGAGCUACGGACCCGAUUGGAGCAGGUGCUUCUCCAUGCCAACCAUUAUCUGCUCCUGCAUCCCACAAUUUAUUGUAGAGGUCCCCUGAGAAUCUCUCAUGUCUUGUGGGAUGGAACUAGAGUGAUUCUGCCACUCCAUUUUCCCUAUGUAUUAUGUAAUGAUUUCUUUCGACUAGCUUGUACAGUAACCGGAGCGGAAUCGUGACACACAUUCGCCUCCACGUUACGUUUCUUCAUAUAAGUUGCAACGAAAUUUGCUUAAAUAUGGA